CGAAAUCUCUCUCAGAAGGCCAUAAAAAAAUCAGAUCGAGGAUGCAACCAAUUUUCUCUGCCAUAUCAGAUAGACUGUUUAGAUUCCCUCAGUCAGAUCUUCUAUGUGCAACCUUGUUUGACGUUCUUCUUGGUGGUGCAAGCCCUAAACAGGUUUUACAGAAACAUAACCAACUUGAUCAGCAGAGAAGCAGGGGGAAUAACUCUCAGUUCUUUCUUCCUCAGAUUUUGGUUCUCAUUUUCAGAUUCCUGUCUGGCUGUGAGGACGUAACUGCAAGGACAAAAAUAAUUAGUGAUUUACUUGAUCUUCUUGAGUCAAAUCCUUCGAACAUUGAAGCUUUGAUGGAACAUGGAUGGAAUGCGUGGUUAGUUGCUUCAGUGAAGCUUGAUGCGUUGAGAACUUACAAAGUAGAGUCACAAACUUGCACUGACAGUGAAGUGAAUGAGCAGAGUUUAGUGAGGAAUUUAUAUUGCAUUGUUCUUUGUCAUUAUAUGCAUUCUGUGAAAGGUGGUUGGCAACAUCUAGAGGAGACUCUGAAUUUUUUGCUUAUACAAUGUGAACAAGGUGGCAUCUCAUAUCGGUACCUGCUUCGUGAUAUAUAUGAGCACUUAAUUCGGAUGCUGAUAGAUUUAUCUUUGGUGGACGGUAUUUUUGUCACACAGCCAUGUCGAGACAAUACAUUAUACCUUCUGAAACUAGUUGAUGAGCUGUUGGUCUCUGAAAUUGAUCAUAAGCUUCCGUUUCCCGCAAGUAGCUCAGAUUUUUCUCCUGAAUUUUUAGAACUACAAAGUCACAAGGAUCUUGGUUCUGCUUUGUGUGAGGCCUUGCAAGGAGAAUUUGAUGAUCAAUGCAGAAACCCAUUGGUACAGAAGCAGCCUGUGACAACUGAAGAUGAGAGAAUUGAUGAUGAGUGGUGGAAUUUGUAUGACAAUGUGUGGAUCAUUAUUAGUGAGAUGAAUGGGAAGGGACCAAGCAAGAUGUUACCCAAAUCUUCAUCAGCGGCAGGGCCAUCAUUUGGCCAAAGAGCUCGUGGUUUGGUAGAAUCACUGAAUAUACCUGCUGCAGAAAUGGCUGCAGUUGUUGUAUCUGGGGGAAUUAGCAAUGUGUUGGGUGGAAAACCGAAUAAAAAUGUUGACAAGGCUAUGCUACUAAGAACGGACAAGUGCCCAAGAAUUGUUUUUCGACUGCUGAUCCAAUAUCUGUGUAAAUCUUCUCUUGAAAGGGCAUCUCGGUGUGUACAACAGGUCAUUCCCCUUCUGCCUUGUCUUCUGGCUGCUGAGGACGAGCAAAGCAAGAGUAGAUUGCAGCUUUUCAUUUGGGCAUUGCUUGCUUUUAGAUCCCAGUAUGGAAUGCUGGAUGAUGGUGCCCGAUUUCAUGUUGUUUCACACUUAAUUCGAGAAACUGUCAACUGUGGGAAGUCAAUGCUGGCCACCAGUAUUGUAGGCAGAGAUGAUUCAUCAGAGUCGGGACACAAUCCAAAAGAAACUAGCACCAUUCAUAAUUUAAUCCACAAGGAUCAAGUUCUUGUUGCGGUUGCGGAUGAGUUCAAAUAUAUAAAGAAUUCAACAAUAGAUCGCAUCAGGCAGUUGCAAGAUCUUCGGAUUAGGAUGGAAGAAAUUACAUCGGCCGAUUCUUACCAAAAGAAGUUUUUAGAAGAUGAGGUACAGAGUUGCUUAAUCACCAUUCUUGCUUCAGAUGAUAGCAGAAGAGCUUCAUUCCAGCUUGGUCAGGAUGAGGAUCAACAAAUUGUCGCUGAAAAAUGGGUACAUACAUUUCGCACUCUGAUUGAUGAGAGGGGUCCAUGGUCUGCUAAUCCUUUUCCUAACAGUACCAUAACACAUUGGAAACUUGACAAGACAGAAGAUGCAUGGAGACGAAGGCAAAAGUUUAGGCGAAAUUAUCAUUUUAAUGAAAAGCUUUGUCACCCUCCAUCCACUACAUCUAGCAAUGAGGCUCUUCAACCUAUUAGUGAAAGCAAAACUGGUUUUGGGUUGCAUAUUCCUGAGCAGAUGAAGCAGCUCUUACUGAAAGGAAUUCACAGGAUAACUGAUGAGGGGCUGUCAGAACUCAAUGACAAUGAUGCUGAACCUAGCGGGCAAAAGGAGCCUGGAGCCGAGGAUCCACAAGAUAGACAGUGCUCUGAGGUAGUAAAAGAUAGCUGUGAUCACAAGGACAUCACUCAUGAAAGAAAAGAUUAUGCUUCAACAUCAAUAGAGUCAGAAACAAGUGAGGUUCUCAUGUCUGUCCCUUGUGUACUAGUAACACCAAAGAGAAAAUUAGCUGGACAUUUGGCAGUCAUGAAAGAAAUCUUGCAUUUCUUUGGUGAGUUUUUAGUGGAAGGUACAGGAGGGUCAUCUGUUUUUAAGAAUUUUCAUGCUUCAGGCAAUGUUGAUUCAAGCAAGUCUGAUCAUCUAGGGGGAAUUCAAAAACAGAAGUUUCUUAACUUGCCCAUUAAUAUAGAUUUGAAAUUUGAAAGAGCUAAGGCCAUUGAUGGCCUCAAUGAAGUUGAUGUUAAUGUAUUUCAAAAGCAAGCCAAACAUAUUAAGCGCCAUCGGAGGUGGAAAAUUUGCAAGAUAAAGGCUGUCCAUUGGACUCGAUAUUUGCUCAGAUACACUGCUAUAGAGAUCUUCUUCAGCAAUUCGGUCGCUCCUAUAUUUUUAAACUUUGUGUCACAAAAGGAUGCAAAAGAUGUUGGAACCUUGAUAGUAGCCACCAGAAAUGAAUCUUUGUUUCCGAAGGGAUAUAGGGACAAGACUGGAGUUAUUUCCUUCGUUGAUAGACGUGUGGCAUUGGAGAUGGCAGAGACUGCCAGAGAGAGCUGGAGGAGAAGGGAGAUUACAAACUUUGAAUAUCUGAUGAUUCUCAAUACCCUUGCAGGAAGAUCAUAUAAUGAUCUAACCCAGUACCCUGUAUUUCCUUGGGUACUGGCUGACUAUACCUCCGAGAGCCUUGAUUUCAACAAGUCGUUGACCUUUCGGGAUCUUUCAAAACCUGUUGGAGGUUUGGAUUCAAAACGGUUUGAGGUUUUUGCAGACAGAUUCUGUAACUUCAGUGAUCCUGAUAUUCCGAGUUUCUACUAUGGAUCACAUUAUUCAAGCAUGGGGAUUGUUCUUUUUUACCUUCUUAGGUUAGAGCCAUUUACAGCACUCCACCGUACUCUGCAGGGUGGUAAAUUUGAUCAUGCAGAUCGUCUUUUUCAUAGUAUUGGGGGCACGUAUCAGAACUGCCUCUCUAAUACAAGUGAUGUGAAGGAGUUGAUUCCCGAAUUCUUUUACAUGCCAGAGUUUCUUGUUAAUUCAAACUUUUAUCAUCUUGGAGUAAAGCAAGAUGGUGAACUCUUAUGUGAUGUUUGCCUCCCUCCUUGGGCCAAGGGAUCCCCCGAAGAAUUCAUUUACAAAAACAGAGAGGCCCUUGAGAGUGAAUAUGUUAGCUCAAACCUUCACCAUUGGAUUGAUUUGGUAUUUGGUUACAAGCAGCGUGGAAAACCAGCGGUGGAGGCGGCAAAUAUUUUUUAUUAUCUAACGUAUGAAGGUGCUGUUGAUCUGGAGUCAAUGGAAGACGAAUUGCAACGGUCAGCCAUAGAAGACCAGAUUGCCAAUUUUGGUCAGACACCAAUUCAGAUCUUCCGUAAGAAGCACCCUAGAAGAGGGCCACCAAUUCCAAUCGCUCAUCCUUUACGCUUUGCUCCGGGAUCUAUCAAUUUAACUUCUAUUGUUUCAAGUACAAGUAAUCCACCGUCAGCUGUUUUAUACGUUGAUAUAUUUGACUCAAACGUUGUCCUAGUGGACCAGGCACUCACCAUGUCAGUUAAGAUAUGGUUGACAACCCAACUGCAAUCUGGUGGAAACUUCACCUUCUCUGGCUCACAGGACCCCUUUUUUGGAGUUGGUUCUGAUAUCCUUUGCCCUCGUAAAAUUGGUAGUCCUUUAGCCGAAAAUAUCGAAGUUGGAGCACAAUGCUUUGCAACAAUGCAAACAUCAUCUGAAAAUUUUUUGAUCUCGUGUGGCAACUGGGAAAAUAGUUUUCAGGUCAUAUCCCUAAGUGAUGGAAGAAUGGUGCAGAGCAUCCGACAGCAUAAAGAUGUGGUUAGCUGUGUUGCAGCAUCCGUAAUAUUUUUGUUGUGCGCAUUUCUAGCAUGA